GAGAUCUCUAAUCAUUCUUUCCCUGCACAACAACUUGCAUACGGAGGGAGAGAAAAAGACAUGGCCAUUAAAAUCCGGAGCUCCUCCUCGUUCUUGUCCCUUCUCUCACUGCUCUUGGUCUACUGCAGCACCGCAGUAUACGCCAGAUCCGCCUUCGAAGAUGAGAACCCUAUCCGAUUGGUAUCUGACGGCUUCCUAGACUUCCAAUCCUCCCUCCUCCGCACCGUCGGCGACACUCGACACGCUCUCUCCUUCGCUCGUUUUGCCUGGAGGCAUGGGAAGAGGUACGAAACGGUGGAUGAGACAAAGCUUCGUUUUAGGAUUUUUUCCGAGAACCUGGACUGGAUCAGAUCCGCCAACAGAAAGGGCCUCCCUUACACCCUCGCCGUCAACGAGUUCGCCGAUUUGACCUGGGAAGAGUUCCAGACCCAGAAGCUUGGGGCUGCACAAGAAUGCUCGGCCACAAAGGGCAAUCACAAGCUAUCCGAUGUUGCACCCCCUGAGUUGAAAGACUGGCGAGUGGAGGGAAUUGUUAGCCCAGUCAAGAAUCAGGGCCACUGUGGAUCUUGCUGGACAUUCAGUACCACUGGCGCUCUGGAGGCCGCUUAUGCCCAGGCCUUUGGAAAGGCCAUCUCUUUGUCUGAGCAGCAGCUGGUGGACUGUGCCGGUGCCUUCAAUAACUUUGGGUGCAAUGGCGGUUUGCCUUCCCAAGCCUUUGAGUACAUAAAAUACAAUGGUGGUCUGGAGACCGAAGAAGCAUACCCUUACACUGGGGCAGAUGGAGUUUGCAAAUACUCAACAGAGAAUGUUGGUGUUAAGGUUUUUGAUUCAGUCAACAUCACCCUGGGGGCAGAGGAUGAGUUAAAGCAUGCUGUCGGAACUGUUCGGCCAGUUAGUGUCGCAUUCGAAGUGAUUAAAGAAUUCCGGUUCUACACUAAAGGAGUUUUCACCAGCCCCUCCUGUGGUACCUCUCCUAUGGAUGUGAACCAUGCUGUUCUUGCUGUCGGAUAUGGAGUAGAGAAUGAUGUUCCAUAUUGGCUUAUCAAGAACUCAUGGGGAGAAAGUUGGGGUGACAAUGGCUACUUCAAGAUGGAGUUGGGGAAGAACAUGUGUGGUGUUGCCACUUGUGCAUCCUACCCCAUUGUAGCUUAGUUCAUACCCGACGACGGACGGAGUUAUUGUGAAAUACUCUACAUCAAUCUGCAGCAGGAAGCUUCCUUUCAGUUUGAGUCCUGUUCAAGUCUCUGGUAUAUGUUCAUGUGUAGCAUCAUUAUAUAUAUAAUGUAUUAAUGAAUGCUUGUUUUAAUUAUAAUGUUAACUUGUGAAUGAACUAUCAUAUCCAAUGUAAAUAAUACCGAUGUUGUACCUUUUGGCGUCUACAAUGGUUGGGAAAUUGGGAUCAUUAUAUGCAAAUUUAUUUUUCAGGCCUAGAAGCUGUCCAAUGUUGGCAAUUAUCAAAUAAAAUUCUAUUAUCCUGUUGCCUAA